AUGUGUAGGAUUAAAUAUUACCAUAAUUUUACUAUUUGCAGCUUGCAGUUAGUAUAUGGGAAUCCAGUAAAAAAACUGAUGCUGGAGUUCACUGAAGAUCGGUCUAUGGUAAAAAUGCCCGCAGGUCAGAGUGUAGCAUCUCCAACAAAGCAAACUCCUGGCUUUCAAGAUAAUGAUAAAGAAAACCAGCGCUUACUCCAGAGGGCAACGAAAUCACAGAAGUUGGACUCUUCUCCACUACAGACAGCCAGUGUGCCAGGCGGAACACGAAGGGAUUUCCAGCAGAGAAUGUCCCCUGUGUCAGCGACCACAAACAGUUCCAUUGUGUCCUCCAACUCCUUUUAUAGCAAAGGGAAGCCAUAUCUCAAUGUCCUGGAUAGAAAGCUGGCCAGCAAAAGCCUUCCUCUUGGUCCAAGAAAAGAUGAAGGCAACCUACCUAUUGCCAACAUGACAGAGACAGCCUGGGUGAAAGUAAUGCCAGCCAUGAAUACCAGUUCAAAAAUAUCCAGGCGCUCAGCAGCUUUGAGGCAAGCCAAGACUUUGUCAAGAAAUGCCAAAAAGACUAAAACAGACAUGACCCCUGCAAAGCCUAUUAAGCAGAAAGAGAAUGUUAAUUCUGUUGUUGAAAAGAAAAUGGAAACUCCUUUCAGAAUCUUAAGCAUGAAAUUCAAACCUCUACUGAAACUCCAGACAGGUGCAGCAUUCUUCACCACUGGGAAGAAGAGGCCUUUUGGCUCUAAGAAGGAGCUUUCAUCUCCAUCACUGCACUCUGUUAGCAAGUCCGUGAUGAGGGAGAAGCAAAAUGGAGUCCGAGCCCAUACAGAGCUCCGUUUGUCCACUGAAGGCAAAGCAGUUGAGGUUGGCAAGAAAAGAAACCAAACAUAUGAGACCCAAAAUCAGAAGAAACAAGACCAUGUGGAGAAUAGUGGGACACUUUCCACUAACACAAGCCAAGAUAUGAAGACUGUAUAUGAAGUGAACCUUUUGCAGAAAACUGAGGUCCUCCAACCUUCUCACUCUGAUGACUCAAACACCCUAGAUCAAAAGACAAUUGAUACAGAGGUCUUUGCAGACAUAUCAGAAGGACCAACCAAAAAUAGGGAUGAGCAUGAGAAUGCCUCCUCCAGUAAGAUCCCUGUUAAGACUACUAAUUCAUCCUCUGUGGCAGAUGACAACCAAAAAAGGCCGCAGGUUCUCCCAGAUGAGCAGCCUGCACUUGUGGAGCGCAGUCCUGUUGUACAGAAGGUUCCUGCCAAACUGAAAACCAGCAAGAAGGCUAAGGAAUUGCAUAAAGACUUAAAAGAUCAGAUGGUCAUUGAUGCUGGUCAGAAACAUUUUGGCGCCACUGUUUGCAAAGCAUGUGGCAUGGUCUACUCGGCUGCCAACCCAGAGGAUGAAGCACAGCAUGUCCAGUACCAUCAGAGGUUUCUUGAGGGAAUAAAAUAUGUGGGCUGGAAGAACGAACGUGUAGUUGCAGAAUUCUGGGAUGGGAAAAUUAUCUUGGUCCGGCAGGAUGAUCCCAAAUAUGCUAUCAAGAAGGUGGAAGAUGUACGGGAGCUAGUCGAUAAUGAACUUGGGUUCAAACAAGUGGCUCUGGCCUGUCCAACCCAGACUCAAACGUACCUGUUUGUAUCAGUUAACAAAAUAGUUGGCUGUUUAAUUGCUGAACCAGUCAGGCAAGCUUUUCGGGUGCUUUCUGAGCCAGCGGAAUCUCCCACUAAGAACAGCCUGGAGCAUCAUCGUGCCUGGUGCUGCUCAACGAAGCCGGAAAAAGUGGUCUGUGGGGUCAGUAGAAUCUGGGUGUUUAGCCUGAUGCGGAGAAAGGGCAUUGCCAGACGUUUGGUCGAUGUGGUCAGGCGUACAUUCGUAUUUGGCUCUUGCAUAAGCACUGAUGAAAUCGCCUUCUCAGAUCCCACCCCAGAUGGCAAGCUGUUUGCAGCCAAAUACUGCCAAACUCCCAACUUUCUUGUUUAUAAUUUUCUUAAUUAG